CCCCACUAGGACUUUCUGCAAAGAUAAUUAUUUUUUGCAUCCUCUUGGUGACUUCUACCCAUUCCUGACUACAACAUCAACUCGACACCGUCAACGAACAGUCAAUUCAUAUCCAACAGUCAAGAUGGCCCCCAAGAAGAACAAGAAGGAUGCCAACAGCAUCAACUCGCGUCUUGCGCUAGUUAUGAAGUCAGGAAAGGUCACUCUCGGUUACAAGUCUACCCUGAAGAGUCUGCGAUCCGGCAAGGCUAAGCUAGUCAUCAUCUCCGGAAACACUCCUCCUCUACGCAAGUCCGAGCUGGAAUACUACUCCAUGCUGUCCAAGGCCCCUGUUCACCACUUCUCCGGUACCAACAUUGAGCUGGGUACUGCCUGCGGUAAACUGUUCCGUUGCUCCACCAUGGCCAUCAUUGAUGCUGGUGACUCCGAUAUCCUCAGCGACCAACAGGCUUAGGUCUAGAUAAGGCAUCCUCUGACGGCGUUGGGGUUCAUUGGUUGGGAAAAGGUCAUCGUAGUUAGCCGUUCAUGAAUGAUGACGGCUGGUAUAAUACUACAUUAGGAAGCACAUUUGCGAGGCUCCACCUUGAGUCCUCUAGGUAGCCGGCUAGGUCAAUACUAAACGUCAGUCCAGACGAAGCUUACGGACUUCGGAAAUACUAUAAAUGAUACCCAGCAAUCCCUCUUCCUAGCGCUAUAGCUGAGAUUUGAAUGUUAUAAGUGAUAAUCAGUUGUGACUCGAGUAGUUGAUGCUGGCUGGACACAAU